GAAAAAAGCACUUUACAAGAGCUUUUUGGCGGCAUUUGGUAUUUAAAUUUUUUCUCACUCAAAUUCAAUCACAAAAGUUUUGUUUCAUAUGUUUUUUUGAAGUUCAGAUUUCGGUCUUUCCAACGGAAAAACAAUUAACCCUUCCGGAUAUUUUGGAAGAAAGCCAUAGUGGAAACAAAAGAAAGGAAAAACUUUUACAUCACCCGUUAGAACUUUUUUGACUCACUUAUUGGAGAAAUUCUUGAACUUCAUCAGAUUUAGUUCAUUUAUGAAUAUAAAUUUUCUCUGUUUCAAACAGAUACGGACAGUAGUUAAACAUGCACAUGAAUUAAUUGUACAGAUAGCUAAUGAUCAAACGGACCGUGAGAAGAUAGAAAACGCAACGCCACUAAGUGUAUUCAAUCGAACAGAAAAAACAUGUGUGGAUCUUAAAACAGAAAAUUCAAUUUUUAUGUGGUUUGAGCUAUUCAUUGAAAUACUGAUUCGAAUGAAACAUACAGAAACAUCGAGAAAAGAACUUGUUGAUAUUUGCAAGAUAAAUUACGAAGGAAAUCAUAUCCAAUUGGAUAUUAUCGAAGAAUUUGAUCGAACAUACACUCCUUCUAAAGCAAUUGAGUGGUACACAAGAGCAUGUUGUAUUUAUAAAAUUCUUAACAAAGCACUCCGUAUAAAAGAUUUGGAUAUUCUUUUUGCAUUUCGAUUUUUAAUCACAGACAUAUUCACACAACUCAAACAAGAACAGCAACGUUUUCUACGUGAUGAUCCAAUUAUUAUAGUCUAUCGAGGCCAGGCAAUAUCAAUGAUGGAAUUAAAUCGAAUGAAAUCUAGUAUUGAUGGAUUUAUAGCAACGAAUACUAUUGGAGGCGAUUUACAACCAAUUCUAUUUGAAAUUGAAGCUAAUACACGUCUUGAAACAAAACCAUUUGCCAAUAUUUCACAUUUGAGUUAUUUUCGACAAGAAGAAGAAGUUCUUUUUAUACUUGGAACAAUAUUUCGAAUAAAUAAUAUUGUUUACAGUCAAAAACAGAAUAUUUGGAUAGCGAAAUUGGUUUUAUGUACCGAAAAUGAUGAUGAGUUAAAAACGGUGUUUGAUUAUAUGAAAAAUGAAAUAGUUGAAGAAACUGAUCUUAUAUCGCUUGGAAAUUUAUUAUGGGAAAUAGGUGAAUUUGGUAAAUCAGAAAAGUAUUAUCAUCGUUUAUUAAAUAUGGAACUGCCAACUAAUGACGUCAAUAUUCCACGAUGUUACGAUGGACUUGGAUCAAUUGCAAAAGAUAAAGGAGAUUAUGAAAAUGCAUUUAUCCGACAUAAAACAGCAUUAGAUAUCAGAUUAAAGACACUUUCCCACAAUCAUUGUGAUAUUGGAAAUAGUUAUAACUGCAUGGGCGAGGUUUACAGAAAGAAAGGUGAUUACGAUAAUGCACUUGAAUACUAUUAUAAAGCAUUAAAGAUUUGGUUAAAUACUUUGGGUAAUGAUCAUCGAAGAGUGUCAUGGUGUUAUAACAACAUUGGUAAUGUGUACGAGAACAAAAAUCAAUAUGAACAAGCACUGUUUAAUUAUAAUAUAGAUCUUAAAAUAUGUCAGAAAAUUCUUCCUUCUGGUCAUCCAGAUUUAGCUUGUACAUACAAUAGCAUUGGCAAUAUCUACUCUAAAAAGGGUGAAUAUGAUUUAUCGUUCGACAACUAUGAAAAAGCGUUAAAAAUUCAACUCAAAUCUUUACCAUCGAGUCAUCAACUAAUAGCUGAAACAUAUGAAAAUAUUGGUGCAUUGUAUGAAUUAACCAAUAAAUUAGACUUGGCUUUAUUGAAUUAUAACAAAGCAGCACAAAUAUUUCACAGUUCUCUUCCACUGACGCAUCCCGACGUUAUCCAGAUUGAAAAUUUCCUUCGAAGAGUCAAUGACAAACUUAAGUAA